UUAAUGAAAGGUGUCAGACAGAGUGGACAUUGUGGGCCAGUGAGAGGACAAAGGCAGUAAGGGAUUAAGUAACAACAGUCAUUUUUCAGCAACACUGAUAUUCAUCUUGACCCAGCCUUCAUGACAUGUAUCACUAAUUAUCAAAGCCUCAUGCCAUGAAAAGGAAAGAAAAAGACUUAAUGGGAUUACAAAGGGAUCGUAAUAAUUUAAGUGUGGUGUUUUAAUUCCUGUUAAUAUACAUAUUUAAGACUACUGAAUGGACAAUUAAGGAAGAUAAAGGGUCCUACAAAACAGGAAAACACAGCAUAAGUGACUAACAACACAAGCACAGGUGACCUGCAACAGUUUCAACUACCUGUGUUAUAAUACAGCAUUUAAUGGAGAGGAAGGGGGUAUGAUUUCUGAAACUGAUGCCUCAGGACAUCAGCCAAGACUGACAGGUGAAAAUAAGCAUACGACAACAGAAUAAUUGUCCAAUACACAAGGGAUUAUAUAAACUAGCUUUGAAGACACAGUUAAGUUACACCUGAGGGGACAUGCUAAGUGAGCCAGUUGAUUACAGCACGCUUGGAUAUAAACUACAGUGGACCUCUCAGUGGGAGAAAUCCGAGUACUAAGGGAGACUGCUAGGACAAAGCUGUAUCCUGACUACAGUUUUCAUUGCCUGCUGGUACAAUAGCCUUUACUUUUUAUAUUGGACGGCAAGCACUAUAGCCAUUAUCAUGGAUUACCUUUAUAUUGAAAGAAACAAGACAUUGCUUUGGAGUACUAGUUAAAACAUAAACUGAACCUAAACUCAGGAUAGAGACUCGUCAAGGUACACAUUUUCUUCAACAACUUACUUAAAUUCCUAUUAAGGGAUUUCUUACCGCAAAUAUCUUGAGGUAUAGAGAGGAUUUAUAGACUUGCCUAAAACACCCACUGUCAUCUGACAGCCACAACACUACUUGUCAAGGUUGAAAAUAAUAGCUGGGAAUACUUUCAACUGGAUACCAAGCACCAUGAAAACCUUGUGGACUUGGAUUAGCCUUUUACCUACUAUUAUUAUUAUUAUCACUAUUGUACUAAAUAGUGCAGGGACAACUGAAAGUGCCCUUCUCUGUCCCAAAGAAUGCCAGUGUGUGGACACCUCAAUAUCCUGUGCUUAUUUCAAUGUGUUCCCAGGGGUGUUGCUCAUGAGUGAAGAUGCUGCGUCAGCUGUCACAAGCUUGGAGGUGACAUGUGACACAAGUGUCAGGUACCUUUUGAACCUGACAAGUUCAGAAUUUGCAAAAUUUACGAAGCUGGAGAGUCUCAGAAUUAAGACCCAAGGUUUGUGUGCUUUGAAUGAUGUCGGGAACAAUUUGUUUGUUACAAUGACAAAUCUGAUAUUUUUGGAAAUCAAAGCAAAUGACACCAGCCAAGUCCAAACAAAAUUUCACCCCAGCACUUUUGCUGGCUUGACAGCUCUUGAAAAAAUGAGAUUCAUCCUACCCAGAUUCCAGUAUCGUUAUAUUCCACCCUUCAUGAAAGAUCCCACAACUUUUCCCUUUUGGCCCUGGGGAGAUGUGGAAUUCCCAAAACUUCACACAUUAGAACUAGCUGUGAACACAGGACACGGGGACCAGGAGUUGUGCAACAACCUCUUCAAACCAUUCACCAGGGUAAAACAAGUUGUCCUCAGAUUACCAGAAAUGAACCUAAAACUGGGAUGUCUGGAGAACAUACAAAACUUGACCAUAUGGAAUGCUGAUAAUUACCUAGUGACUGUGGUGAAUUUUUAUCUGAAUUCCAUACCAUCCAAGGAUUUCAGUUCUCUGACAAUAUCUAAGGUUUGGAGAUGGCAGUUUGGGGGUACUUCCUACCAGCCUAAACAUCUAUUAAAACGCCUCCGCUUACAUAUUGGUGACUUCAUACGCAUGCCUGAAUAUGUCAAAAGGAUGAAAACAUUGACACAUCUUGAGUUUACCCAGCAGAGUUAUGAAGAUAUGACGCACCAUGACUUCCUCUCCCUUACAAACCUAGAAUAUCUUGAUCUCAGUUAUAACUCUGUAAGGAUAAACAAAAGGCCAAAUAUGAAGCCCAUCUUUGACCAGAACAAAACAGCUUUGGAAUAUAUUGAUUUAAGUUACAACUACCUGGGAGGACUUGAUGAAAACCUACUUAAAAGUCCACCUUCUCUGAAAUAUGUCAAUUUAAGCCAUAACCUCAUAAACACAGCUGACUUGGGGGUUUUACAAGGCAGUCCAAUCAAGGAACUAAAUCUUGCUUUCAAUAAUAUUGACACACUGACAAUUAGUGGUACCAUAAACUUGAAUACAUUAACAAUCCUGAAUUUGAAAAGGAACCGUGUACAAGCACUGCCAGUUAACCUGUUCAGAAGCGCACCAAAUAUCAGGUACCUUAACUUGGCCAACAAUAUAUUUCAGACUGUCCCUGUAAACAUCACAAUGUUGGAAAGUUUAGAAUAUCUCAAUUUGAGGGAUAAUCCACUCACUACGUUUGACUCACACAAUUUGGUUCAAUUAUCCAUAGUAAGUCUACAAAAACUCCACCUGCCUCUCAAAAAUGUGCACUUUCUAAAAUAUCUCUCUGGUGAGGAGAGCAAGACCCUGGAGAUAUAUCUCCAUGGAGACAACCUGGAUUGUUCCAAAUGUGAGAGUGUCAUGGCAACCUAUGCAAUAUUUAAAUUUGGCUAUCUCAAGACACAAAAUGUGUACUGCAGAAAUAUAUCAUCUUCCUCUCCUGCAGCAGGAAGAGAUAUUCUAGCAGCUGGAUUUGAUACUAAAGAGCUUGGGUGCAUCAACUAUCAGAGUUGCUUUAGUUCAUGUAACUGUUACUGGCAUCAGAUGAAGGGACAAGUCUUCCGUGUUGCCAACUGCAGUGACAGUUUCUUAACAAGCCUUCCCAGAAAUUUCCCCAAUGAUACUACAGUGUUAGAAGUUCAGCGAAACCAGCUUGAACGUUUCCCCAAUAUUGCUCUGCCAAACCUCUGGAUUCUUUCCCUGAAGGACAACAGCAUUACGGAAAUCAAAAAUGAAAGCUUGCAACAUGUUCCCAACCUGCGUUAUCUGAGCUUAGAAGGCAAUGGAAUUACUCAUAUCCCAGAGGGGUUCUUCAACCACACCCCUCAUAUGAUCACGGCUAAUCUGACAGGCAACCCAAUAAAGUGUGACUGCAGUCAGAGAUGGAUAAAAGACUGGAUGCUUCAACAAGAGAAAAAUGACAGAACAAUAUUUGUGGAGGCAUUCUGCAGCAAUAGUUCUGGUACAGCAAUCAACAUAAAAGAUUUUGAUUUUGAGGAAGCCUGUGUCCCUCAAGCUCUUAAAUAUAUCAAGACAUUUGACUACGUGACUUUGCUAGUUGUUUUAGUAUUGCUGAUAAUAGUUGCUAUACUGAUUCUCUUGAUUUAUAUCUGCCGUAAAGAGCUCCAAGUAUGGAUCAUUAAUAGAGGGUGGUGGAAGGCAAACGUACUGACAAACUCAGCACAAAGGACAUAUAAGUAUGAUGCCUACAUAGCAUACUGUGACAACAACUAUUCAAUAAUUCGUGAUCAUUUCAUUCCUCGUCUUGAGCAAAAACAUGGCUACAGACUUUUCAUACGAGACCGGGAUUCCGAAGCAGGCCAACCAAUUGCAGAAAAUGUUGCUAAUGCAAUCAGUAAAAGUUAUUGCACCAUAGCAUUGUUAAGUAACUCUGCUAUGGAGAGUGAGUGGUUUCCAGUGGAGUUUGAAUUAACUCACAGUUUAUCUGUAGAGGACAAAAGUCGCCGUCUAGUCAUUGUGAAGGUGGGGCAUCUUAGUAAAGAGGCCCUGAAAACACAGAAAAGUAUCCAGUUGUACCUAACCACCAAGACGUAUCUAAGUUGGACUGAUCCCGAUUUCUGGGAUAAAAUGCAUAAAAUAUUGCCAGACAAACCCCACCCUGUAUUCAUGGGUAACGAGGCUUACACAGAAGACACCCCAGACAAUGGAGUUCAUAGAGAAAAUGAUUAUGUUCAAAGAGAGGGCCCGUAUGUUGCUGCUAAUGUUGACAUUACUGUUGAUGAUGAUUUCACAGAUGAUGACGAUGUACACAGUGAUCAUUCAUUUGAUACAUACUGUAGUGGAGACAACAUACCAGGCCAUGCUGUUGUCAAUGACAAUUAUUAUGUUAGUGACAAUGAUCAAGCACAUGGCAAUAAUUAUGAUCAUGAUGCAGAGAGUGACAAAAGCAGCACAGCAGCUGAUGUGGAGAAUAAUUUGUUUAAUGCUGAAACUGAAACAACAGAUGUCAGUGUUAACAACCUAGACAAAGCUUACGACACCCAUGUCCACGCAGAUGCUCAACCUCAAAACGUCACCACUGAACUUGAACCCGCAACAGACAUCCUCAGCAACAGCGACAGUGACAAUACAAAAUAUGACAAUGACAAAGAUCCACAGACAUUACAAGAUGACAGAAAAUCCAUGAAUGAUUCCCCUAGUGGGAGUGAAAAAAGUGACAGUCAGGAAGAAUCAGAGACUCCUGAGUCUAGUCUGACUGGAUCACCGGUGGUUGAAAAAGACUCCCUUGGUGUUGGCACACCGUCAGGCAAACUAAGUGAUAAAGAAAGUGACAGAUACAGCUCACUUUCCUCCCUUAGUCUAAGCCUUGAUCUUGAUGAGAGCUUCUCUCAGUUACAGGUUGGUAACAACCUGGACAAUUCUGGAGAUGUAAAUGGCAUUAACAGCAAUGGAAAUACUCAGAUAGACAACAGUACACACUUAACCCUAAAUGGGCUUAGCAGUGCAAACUAUCAAGACAAAGACAAUGGUAAUGACAUUCGAGAACAGACUGACAUGACUCAUGGUAAAAUGGAACAAGAAAUGACCAAUUCAACAAGACAUUUAACCAACAAUAUAAUAACUAAACCAGUUGCUGCUCCCAGAUCACUGAAUGGCAAUGUGUCGCCCAUAAGAACAGAAGACAACAGUGUCAGUCUCGGGGUUGAUUACAGAGAAGAUGCUAUAGAGGUGUAGCAUGCACAGAUUCCAUUAUAUAAAAGUAUAGGGUGGGGCAGGAGUAACCUGCAAUCUGUGGCCUUGUUAUAGUGGGCACUGGGUGCACUAUCUUUGUUACAGUUGCUACAAAAGUUCAUGUUAUUUAAGUUUUUCCAAUGCGAUUGUUAAAUGGGAGAGACACAUUGCCAGUUUGGAAAGCGAUUGUAUCAUCUCUGGUUUCCAUUUAAUGCUCUGGUGGUAAAACAUGAAACCUGUCAUUAAGUAAAUUUGUAAAAUGACAGAAAGCAAGGCCAUACCUUAUGGCUUUCUUCAAAGGGAUUCAAAUGACACUAUUCACUAUAUUCAUCAUUUAAACAAUAUCCCCAUUUUUACAUUGUCAUUAUAUAUUUCAUUCAAUUAUAUAUUAGUUUUUAUCAAAAUAGAAGCAAAAUAAAGUUAUUAAUUAAAUAACAAAGAGAUCUAAUAAAACAUUUUUAACAUGUCAUGUAAUGCAAGUCCACUUUGUUUGUCAUUCAAAUAGGUGCUGAUUAAAUUAGUAUAAUAUAAUUUUAUUGUCAUGUUUUAUCCAUCAUUAAAUGGCAAUUUGAAAUGAAUUUCAAUUUAAUGACUAAUAAAUCAUGAUAUGUUAGGUAUAGGUAAGAAACAAAAUGUUUAAAGGAAAUGUAACCAAACUAUGAAUUAAAACAGUCCUAACAUUAACAGGAAUUUACAUUGUGAGUUAUAAUCAAGGAUGUAUUUGUAAGUCAUACUUGUAAUGUUUAGUACCAGUAUGCAUAUUAAUUAAAGACAGAUAUUUGUGUAUUGCUCUUCAUGGACUUGGAAACUUCUGAAAAACAACAUGAAGUUUCUAAGUUAAUGAACAGAACAGUGAGUUAAUAAACAAAACAGAUUUUUAAGAAUACCCACUCAUUCAUUGUUUUAUAUGUAUACACGAGAAGAUACAGCAAUAAGAAGAUAAGAAUCUGAUGAAUUUGGCCACCUUCAAGACUCUUAUCCAAUUCAUCACCCAUAGAACAAUAACACCUACAGUGUCAAUGCCAUACUGGUACCAGUAGUUUACAUGAUGCAGCCAUGGGUACUGUAGCAUAAUGGCACAUCUGCAUAUUUGAAGCAGCCAUAAAUAUGUAAAGUAUGAAUGGAACUCCAUUGCCCAUUAAAUCUGAUUAUAUACAUGAUACCGCAUAGGGUCAUAAAAGAUAAUUUUUAUCAUGGUUGUGAUUUUGGCAUAUAUCACUAGAAGUAAGAUCAAGAAUUGAUAGCUAUAAAAUCUGACAUGGAUAUUUGAAUUAUACCAUGCCAUUGCUAAGUUUGGCAUCUGGGAAUAUAAAUUGAUAUUAAAUCUAAA